UUUUGUUCAGUGCGUGUGUCGAGUAAGAAGUCGUCUCCUUCCGAGUGUCUCUCUCCUUGUGACACCGUCACCAACACCGAAUAUUAGCUCGAAGUGACGGCCAAAGCUGCGCUUUCGCGAAAAAGAAACUAUUCGGUAAAGCUAAAACCACAACAAAACAGACUUCAAAAAUGGCACUGCCGGAAGAGAACCCCGUCUACUCGCCCUUCUUCGGAGUUAUGGGCGCAGCAGCUGCUAUCAUUUUCAGCGCCCUCGGCGCUGCCUAUGGUACGGCCAAGUCCGGUACCGGUAUUGCCGCCAUGUCGGUGAUGCGUCCGGAACUGAUCAUGAAGUCCAUCAUUCCCGUUGUCAUGGCGGGUAUCAUUGCCAUCUACGGUUUGGUCGUUGCUGUCCUCAUUGCCGGAUCCCUGGAUGAACCAGCGAACUAUACACUGUACAAGGGCUUCAUUCAUCUCGGCGCUGGUCUCUCGGUCGGUUUCUCAGGCUUGGCCGCUGGCUUUGCUAUCGGUAUCGUCGGUGAUGCCGGUGUCCGUGGUACCGCUCAGCAGCCCCGACUAUUCGUCGGUAUGAUUCUGAUCCUCAUUUUCGCUGAAGUGUUGGGUCUGUACGGUUUGAUCGUCGCCAUCUACUUGUACACGAAAUAAAUUAGCAACGAUGCUGCUAAUUCGCGCCUGGAGGAAGAAGGUGCUUUUGGGAAUGGAUGUGUUGCAGUGGCAGACCAGAGCCCGUAUCAAUCAAGUUGGAUAGUGCAAUGGCAGAAGAGUAAUAGUAUGAAAUGCAAGAACAUCAUCACCAUUAUCAUCGUCGACAGACUUCGAUUGUGCAACAACAUUUGCUUUUUGCUACCACCAAAAUGCAAUAUAGCGUUGCCUGCUGCAUCCUUCCUAGGAACGCCUUUCCACCACCAUCAGAACAACAUCCUGAAGGGCGCGCGACACAUUGCAUAGAGAAAGGAGAAAAACAAAAUAGUUGAGUUCCAGCCCGCGCUUUCGUCCGGUAUGUUAAGUGCUGUUGAAACGCUGCAAUUGUAUCGCGAGUGAUAACCAGUUACUAACGCCGGCCGCAGCGACUACGAACAGCUGCUGGACAUACUUCCUAUACAACAACAAUUUACAUUCUAGGGUAAACAGCAGAAGGAAAAGGUAAAAUGUGACAACCCGAUUACAAAACGCUUCCUCAAGCAAGGUAGAGUAAGGUUAGGGAUUGCAUCAACCAACAACCUUUGCAUCGUGAUCUUCUCUUUCCCUGUUUGUGAGCGAAGUAUUAAGCUUCAAUAAUGUAACUCAUUUCUAUCCGAGUGCGCUGUUGUUCUGAUACAUUGUCCAUUGAUUAGUCGCACGCUGUUGGUUGUAAAGCAGAGGGCGCAUGAAUACUGAGAUCAACUUCCGGAACUAAAACAAAAGACUAUUUGUAUUUAUGUAAAAUAAUGUGUAUUUAAUUGUAAUCUUAAUUUAUGUACAUGUAAAUUUCUCCAUACUGAACACACUCUCACCUCAACUCCCCACAGAAACACAGACGCGCGAGUGCACUUUCAUACACAUACACAAACACACACCAGCGUACUUAGGGCAUAGGAUGCACAGGGAAUCUACAGAUUAGGAAAAAUGUAGGCAACAAAAAGGAACCCAGUAGGUUCGAAAGGGAUUGCAUCUCUGCUAUUGUUUUCCAUUUUGUUUCGCUCGCUCCUGUACGAUUUUUCCAAUGUCUCGCUGUGUUUGAAGAACAGCUUUGGCGCAUCAGUUUAGAUGCGGCGUGUCGUCGGCGUGGGUUGGUGUACUGUGUUUGUCAGGUGGUGUCGCAAAGAAGGAACGUUUUUUGAAGUCUGUGAUAAAAGCUUCCAUCACGAACCAUCACACAAGAACAUCAUUACAACGGUAGACGAGAAAAAAAAUGAAAAUCAAGAAGAUACACAUUUAAAAAAAUAACAAUUGAAAAUACAGUCUUUUCCCUUUCUUUAUGGUUCUCAUCAUCAAACGUACUAACAGUUUGUGUGCUAAAAUGGAUCUGUGAAACGGUUUGGCGUACUGUCGCGUGCAGUUCAUUGCGUCUGGGGUCCAAUUCGUUUGUGGAGAGAUUUUGCGUUAGCGUUCCGUAAAGAUGUAAAGGGAAAGAUCGAGAAGUUCGUCACAAGAUCCAAGAGUUUCCGUUUCAACAUCAAGACCAUCUAAGAACAGUGACAGCAGCAGUAUCAAUUGUAGCAGUGGAAGAUACAAGAGUAUUAGAAAGUUUUUUGUUUUAUGUUUCCGGAAUUCGUGCAAGGCCCGUUAGCUGUGUGCAAAUCAUGAGGCACAUGGAUGAGAGAGAAGGAGAAGAAGCGUAUUAUUGGGUUUAUUAUUAGGGUAUCACGACCUAUAACGACUAAACGAAACAAAAUGAAACAAACAUCCUAAACACACGCAAAAGGGAGCUAUACACACGUAAAUCUUUGGAAGAGCGAUGGACCAGCAACAACUUUAACAUCUCUAACCUCGCCAAAGUUUUAAAACUGAAAACAAAAGGAAGGGAAAUAACAACAUGCGAUAGAGAUAUAUAAGCGUAGUAAUAUCGAUCAAAUUAUCAUCAUCUUAGGGGAAACAACAGAAAACAACAACAUCGCGAGACGAUUUCGAUAUAAGCUAGGGAAGAAAUUGAAAUUCAGCGUUACAAGUAGUGGAAUGAUCCGAAAAGGCAACACAGGAAAAAGUAGAACAACAUCCAUACUUAAACCUUGCCUUAUACUUGAAUUGAAAACUUACAGUUCACUGUAUGGUGCAGCCAAAAUGGGACACAAAAGUAGGGCUGUUUUGUAUAUAGAUGGAGUCAAUUCAUUCAAUUCAAAGAAUUCCUCCAUCGAUUAGCUUGUGGAAGGCUAGGCAAUUGCAUAAGAUCAGCAUUACCUAUAAAAAAACAUCAAGGAAAGAGAGAAGACACACAUCUGUCCAUGAGAUACAAACCAUCUAUAUCUCAUGGUAACAACAUAGAAAGGAAGAGACAACACAAGAAGUAGAGUAGAGUGCGCUGAAUUUUUCCGUGGAAUUAUGUAGCGUACGUAACAUUCGGUCACAAUUUCCAUCAAUCCAAUAGAAACUGUGUAUUUUGUACAUAAACAGGACGUGAUCGAUUCCGGAAAAUAAGAUCGAAGACCAUUGCCGGAAAAAAGGACACACACACACACACCGAUACAAAACGAUGAAAAUGCUAUUUGUCUGCGGUAAGCAGGCAAGCAAUUCGCGCACACGCUUCGACAACCAACAUCCUUUGUCGAAAUAAUCACCACCACUGUUCCACCAACCAGAAGCGUGUAGUGCGUAGGUUGAAAACGAACGCACGGACGACCACUGCCGUAAAAGGGACUCCGUUCGGUUAUGAAAAUGUUGGCAACGUGUUUUCCUUCGAAGGAUGUUCCCGGACACCACUGUUCGAAACCACAUCAUUCCAUUGACGGUGCAGCUGUGCGUGUUGUGCUGAUUCCGAUUAUGUAACACUUCCGCGCGUCUAGAUGCUGAGACGAACGGAAUAUGAUACUAAUUGAGUCAGACUCGGGAUCAAAAAUUUCGUGAGGAGGGAAUUUUCCCAACGUUUUUCGACAAGGAAAUAUUUCCUUUGUUUGCGUUCGUUUCGUCGCACGAACGCUGGAUGGAAAUUAGUUAAUUGUUAUUAGUUAAUUUGUUUAUCCAGCAGGAACAGGAUUAAAAAAGCUAAAAUACGGGCGUGUUUGCGGUGGAGUGGAGAUGAUAAUCAGUGCGGUUUAUCGGAAGCAACACCGAUUUUCCAUAUCCUCGCACACGCUCGACAACUCCAAGACGACAUUUUUUAACCACCAUAAGAAGAAAAGGAGUUGAUCCUGAAAAUAUGUUUCACAAUCUAGAGCAUAACACUCUCCUACUAUGAGAGUGUAAAACAAACGAAACGGAAACGUGUAUUUAGAUUGAAACUGUUGCAAACAAUCCGUGUUUUGUUGUGAGAGGAAGCUUUAAACGAAAAAAACAUCCUGCUACCAUUUACUAUCUACAACAAAUACCUACUACCUUACCGAUACCAUAAAAUUACUUUUAUUGAUAAGUUACAAACUGGAACCAACCAACCUGUUAGACACAAAUGAGAGCUCCCACGCGUUAUGCCCUGUUGGACAGCAAUAUAUGGGCUCGGCGCUGGGAGAACAGAGCAGAGAAAGGGCACACCCCGCGAAUAAGAUCAUAACCCGGGGAUUGUGUAUAUCUAUCGAAAAUAAUGACAAUGACGAACAUCAUCAAGAGAAACACGAGAGAGAACGACCGGAAAAUACAUUCAAUGAAAAAUAUGAAAAUAAAAAAGAGAAAAUAGAAGAAA